GUUCAGAGACGAAGAAGAAGCGGGAAGAAGGAAUCACAGUAAACAUACCGAGAGAACAAGCCAGCUGACGCUUACAUGAGCAGAAAGUGAUGUGCUUGUCCCAUCUGACAUAGUGGGACACUAUAGCUGGACCCCCCCUCCUUGUCCUUUUGGUGUUCCCCCCUGAAGGCUUCCUUUUCUCGUCCUCCACCUCCUCUUCCUCCCUUCGGCCACCCCUGUGAUGCCUCCCUCGUGCUGUGGCUACCUGUCACAGUACACUCACCAUCAUCUGGUUGUCUUCCUCCUCACCUUCUUUAGCUAUGUGCUGCUGCAUGCGUCCAGGAAGACGUUCAGCAAUGUGAAAGUCAGCAUCUCGGCCCAGUGGACGCCAUCCGUCCAGAAUGGCAGCGCACCAGCUUUCUCCCCCGGCGAGACGUGGGAGGACCAUCAUAUGUUUGCAGAUGAAAAGCAGGCCACUCUGUUCUUGGGAGCUCUGGACUCCAUCUUCCUCUUCUCGUAUGCAGUGGGUCUGUAUCUGAGCGGCGUGAUUGGGGACAGAGUGAACCUGCGCUACGUGCUCAGCUUCGGCCUGUGUGGCUCUGCUGCAGUGGAGUUUGUUUUUGGCACUCUCACCGAAUGGCUCCACAUCUACAACAUCUUUCUGUACUGCGGCCUGUGGGUGGUGAACGGCCUGCUGCAGUCGGCCGUCUGGCCCUGCGUUGUGGCCGUCAUGGGCAACUGGUUCGGCAAGCAGGGCCGGGGCUUUGUGUUUGGCCUGUGGAGUGCUUGUGCCUCUGUAGGCAACAUCCUGGGGGCCUUCCUGGCUUCUAGCGUGCUCAAGUACGGAUAUGAGUAUGCCUUCCUGGUGACAUCAGUGGUCCAGUUUGCCGGGGGGAUCGUGGUCUUCUUUGGCCUGCUUACCUCUCCAAAAGAAAUCGGUUUGAGCUCGGACUCAGAGACCGGACUGAGCGCGGUGGAGACGGACUCGGACAGCCACAAGCCUUUGAUGAGCGACAAGGAGGAGAACGAAGAGGAGGAGGAGGAUGUGGUGGUGGUGGAGGCGGAGGAUGAACCUCUGGCAGAGACUCCUCGAGCCAUCAGCUUCUGCCAGGCGUUCUGUCUGCCUGGGGUGCUUCCUUAUUCCCUGGCUUAUGCGUGUCUGAAGCUGGUCAACUACUCCUUCUUCUUCUGGCUUCCUUUCUACCUGAGCAACAACUUCGGCUGGAAGGAAGCCGAGGCCGACCGCCUGUCUGUGUGGUACGAUGUUGGAGGAAUUAUCGGAGGGACAGUUCAGGGUUUGAUUUCUGACUGCAUGGGGAAGAGAGCUCCAGUGUUGGCCAUCAGCCUGCUGCUGGCGAUGGGAGCCCUGGUGGGAUACAGCAACUCCCCGAACGACAAAGUGAUAAACAGCGCGCUGUUAGCCACCACUGGCUUCUUCAUUGGCGGCCCGUCUAAUAUGAUCAGCUCGGCCAUAUCUGCUGACCUCGGCAGACAGGAGGCUCUGAGGGGCAGUCAGCAGGCCUUGGCUACCGUCACUGGCAUAGUGGACGGAACUGGAAGUAUAGGAGCGGCCAUCGGACAGUACCUGGUGUCUCUGAUUGAGAGCAAGCUGGGCUGGAUGUGUGUCUUCUACUUCUUCAUCGUCAUGACAGGGGGCAGCAUUGUGUUCAUCACUCCGUUGCUCCUCAAAGAGGUGCGUGCCAUGUGGAGAGACAGACAAGCGCUGCGACGCCAGCUGUGAAAGCGUCAAACAUCUGGCAGCCAUAAUGUUCCUACUCUUAUCAGUGACGGCACAGCAGGGCUGCUCACAAACGGCUGCUUUUAGGUGAGUUUCGAGGAGGUGGAAAGAUCCGUGGGAUGAGGUUCCUCACCGCCACAACGAUUAAGGUGACCCAGACUUAAGAGAGACGCCACUUUCAUUCCCACAACCACCGGUGUUUGUCUAUUAACACCCAUGUGAGCAGACAGACAGUCUCUGAGCACAACACUGGAGUUUUAUCCACUCGCUAAAAGCCUAAAAAUGUAAAUGCACGCUUCUUUUAGUUUGACUUCGAGGAUUGAGAGGUUGUGUUGAAGUGCCUGUUUGAAAAAGGCUUUUAAAGGAAGCUGUCCAGUCUGUGAAUUCAGGCCUUGCGGGGCCAUCACGGCAUGUACUAUUGUAUAUAUUUUAUGAUUUAAAUGGAUGUAAAAAACCUUUUUAAAAUGUAGAUUGGGUCAAGUUGAAUGAAGUUUUGCCUUUUUUAAAUCAUGGGUUCUUAACUUAAAGAUCAGGCCCUCUGAGAUGAGUUGGGGGUCAGGAUCGCCUAAAGAAUGUGAAUAAUAAUUUAAAUGUAGAAAUGUGUUGUCAGCUGUUGUAGAUAUGUAUGAUAUUUUUGUUGCUUGUGGUCGAGAUAAUGAGCAUUGCACUGUAGUAUUGGUAACAAGGCAACGUCUUGAUGAUUUUACUGAACCACUCGGAUGUCAGCUGGGUUUUUUAGGAAACUUUCUCAUCACAGCCACUUGAUUUCUCUUGUUUACAGUUUUGCGCAAUCAGGGUUAGAAAGUAUAUAUUGUGCAUACGGGGACUGGUUCUCUCGAUUCUGUCACAGAUUGAAACACGCUCAUUCUUUUUUUCAGUUUUGGUGUCGUAAGUCACAAGCAGCCGCUGUGAAAACCCCUCACACACACACAAACACGACGAGUCAAAUCUACUAUGGUCUUAUUUCACACAUUGAGUUUAUAGUGUAGCUUCCCUAUCGCACAUUAAAAUGUAAAAUACACACUGACAUUGCGGAAGAGACGUGUUUUGCCUGUUUUAUAGCAGAAGCUGCACAUUUGCACUUUUGUUUUGGGGAACUCGACCCUCUGUCUGUGUCCGAAUAGAUUUGUUAUUAUGUUUUAAAGGCCAAAUGAAGGUAAAACACUUUUUACAAUAUCAAUUCUUGUCAUAAGGGUGAAAGAAAACCUCCUAUAACACCAACUAUGUGCUAGUUUAUAUUUGGGACGGUUGUCUACUUUAACAGACACUGUGGUCAGCAACCAGACAACAAUUUGGGGAGGAUUGUCUUGGUUAAAAUCAGUAAGAAAGACACUGAUUUUCCAGACGCAACAGAUAGUUGACACCGUUUAAAGGUCUUUUAACAUCUGGGCAUUUUGGUAUCAUCUUCAUCACUUUUAUUAAUGAGGUGUGUUCCUUAUGCUAAACUAGGAAAAUGAAACCUGCACCUCUGAUUUCUCUGAACUUGCCAAGUGUAAAAAAAGGAUAUAAAUUGAAAUGUGUGUGGAAUUUGUAACACUAUCUGUGGUGUCUCUGUUGUUUUAUUUUUAUUCAUGUGUACUUUUUCAGUUUUAACUGAUGUAAAUGCAUAUUUUCAUUUUAAAUAAAUGCAAAGUAAAUUUUACACACUGAAUAUUUGAGAUAGUAGGACGGUAAUGGUGUAGGUUAAAUAGUUUUUGAUCAUGUAACGAGUGUUUCCUUUCUGAACUUUCUUUUAUUAUAGCUUGUAAGUACUGCCAAAUGAUUGACUUUGUGUGCAGUGUUACCUUUAAACCACCAGGGGGUGCUGUUAAUAAGAAACCUUACAUUUCAA